AUGGCAAAAGACGAGAAGACAAUCUUUUUGUUUGAUGUGGACGGAACGCUUUCGGAAUCAAGGGCUCAGAUGACUGAGAAAAUGAAGAAGAUGGUAAGGAAACUUAAGAAGAAGGUUUGCCUGGGGUUUGUGGGGGGAUCAGACCUUGAAAAGCAAAAGGAGCAAAUUGGAGACGAUCUUCUUGAGCUAUUUGAUUAUGGAUUUCCAGAAAACGGUCUCAGCUUCUACAAGAAAGGGGCUCUGGAGUCUCAGGAAAAGAUAAUCGAUGUCCUUGGGGAGAAAUUUUACAAAGAGUUUGUCAACUUUGUCCUAGAGUAUCUUAGCAAGCUGGAAAUUCCCAUAAAAAGGGGUAACUUCAUUGAAUAUAGGAACUCCAUGAUUAACAUAAGCCCGAUAGGAAGGAAUUGCAGUAGGGAGGAGCGCAAGGAGUUUUUUGAGAUUGAUAAGAAGGAGAAAUUCCGAGAAAAGAUGGUUGCAGCCAUGAGGGAAAAAUUCAAAGGUAGCUGUAUGGUGUUCUCGAUUGGAGGACAGAUAUCAAUUGACUGCUUCCCAAAGGGCUGGGACAAGACAUACUGUCUGAGGCACAUAAAGAAGGAGGGAAUUGAGAAUGUGUAUUUCUUCGGGGAUAUGACCCAAGAGGGAGGAAACGACUACGAAAUCUACAUCCAUAAGGAUGUCCAUGGAAUAACCGUCAAAAACCCCGACGACACCUAUGAGAAGGUGAGGCAGAAGCUGAAAGAUCUGGGGCUUGGGGAUAUAGACGAGGAUUAA